AUGGCUCUCCAACAUGCCUUCUUAUCCUGGGACAACUUCGACCACGCACGACUUACUUCUCAGUGGGCAUUUUUAGUUCUUGACACGAAUACUCCGAUUGGUUAUAUGCUUGAUGAGUUCGUCGACGCUCUUGGCUGGCACAAGACAAAAUCCGAUCUGCACACCGAAGGCAAUCCCAAUUUCGAAGUGGACACGAAAUCGAAGACCAUCCGACUGAAGCCAAGUAGCCUCAAUGGAGAGCUCAUCAUAGACAGCUGCAAUAGAGCUCUAGAAGAGUUCUGUGAGAUGUACCAACAUCACCCCGCGUUUGCAGCCGGGCUGAAACCAUGGUGUACCCAGAAGAACCAAAGCGUCAAGCAUCACAUGGAAAUACGAGAUCUUGGGUUCCAUCCUGUUCUUGCCCCCGAUAAGGAUUUGAGGAGGCUUCAAGUUCCGUCCCCUGCGCGGGGGAUUUUCGGAAUCCUUACUGCUGGUGUUCAUCUCAAUGUAUAUAGUGUAAAGAUAGAGGACGGGUUGGAGAAGAUUGACCAGAUUUGGGUCUCCCAGCGGUCAGACCAGGCUACCUUUCCUGGAUGCUUUGAUCAGAUUGUCGCUGGAGCAAUGGACCCCGAGGAUAAUUUUGACCCCUCAGCAGCUCUCGGACGUGAAGCUCAAGAAGAGGCUGGUUGGCAGCUAGACGUCGAUUGCAAGUCUAUGCACCAAAGAAACAAGGUCGGUGUGAUGAGCAAGAUCGGCGAUGUCAAAGACAGCGGGAUGGUUUACUUCUGCACCAAGAAAGAUGAGGCCGCUGGCAUCAAAGAAGCAGGUCACAUUGAGCCGGGUAUUCGUUUUUGCUAUGACCUCAAGCUCAUGGCCAAGGUUACUCCGAGCCCAGCGAAAGAUAACAAGGCGAUUGGUAGGUUUUUCUCGCGAUCCGUCAACCAGGUCAUCAAGUCUCUGGAGGCAAAGGAGUGGAAGUCGAGCUCUGGCCUGGUAAUGAUGGAAUUCCUCCGCCGGCAUGGCUGCAUCAGCAAUGAGGCAUAUGCGGGGAGCGAAGGAAGGCAUCCCCCCUUCUCCUUACCUGAGUUUUCACAUUGGAAGGUAGAUCGCCAGGGUAGCUGCUGGAAGCUCCAGAGAUGCUAG